GUUAAUAAUAGACGGGUAUCAAGAACACUCGUAGACCAAAAAAAAAAUAGGAAAACUAGAAGUAACCCCCAUUAGAGCAACUCACAUUGAAAAGCAUUCCCAUUGAGAGAUUUCAGGGUUUCCAUCCUCUACAGAAUUCCAAAGUUUCAACAAGUAUUUCUUUGAGAUGACGUCCUGCAGAUUUCGGAAAUGCACCACUCUUGACUACGACCUGCUCCCCAAGUUGGAAGAACAUUUGACAUGGAGAUUCAGUCUUGACGACGAGGUGAAAGUUGAGGUUCAAUGCUUCCUCAUGGACCUGUCGGCAAGCUGGUAUGACAUAGCAUACAGAAACUGCUACAAAAUGUAUGAAAAUGCAUCGAUAGGAAUGGCGAUUGUAUGGAAAAUUAGACUAUCGUUUAAGCUUAAUAAAUAA